AUGCCCCUGACUAGACGUCAAGGGCUCACCAGACGAUCCCAUGACCGCGAGUGGGUAAAGGAACAAGGUGCUGCACUAAAGCACAAAUGGGGAGGAUCAGGAAAUACCAGGCGUGCCAGUGGGAUUAACGACCUGGUCAACUAUGGUACCGACUCGUCCUACUAUGGGAGUAUAGCUGUUGGGACACCCCCCGUUGCAUUCAAUGUUAUUUUGGAUACUGGUUCCUCCGACCUCUGGCUCGCCUCAUCAACAUGUUACACCGGCUGCCAAGGCGUCCCCACGUUCAACGCAGCCAACUCUUCCUCUUUCCAGAAUUUAACUACAAGCUUUGCAAUCCGCUACGGUUCUGGCCAAGCUGCCGGCGAGCUUGGUAGCGACACAGUACAAAUGGCUGGCUUCCAAGUCACCGGCCAAACCUUUGCACUUGCCGACCAGGUAUCAUCUGGCUUGCUUACGAAUCCCGUUUCGGGUCUUUUGGGCCUCGGAUGGAGCUCUAUUGCAUCUUCGGGAGCGACCCCCUUCUGGGAGACGUUAGCCAAGAACAACCAAUGGUCCGAGCCAGUCAUGUCGUUCUUCUUAACUCGGUUUACCGACGUCAGUGGGGCACGCGAGCGAGAGCCCGGUGGCGAAUUCAUGAUGGGAGGUACCAACACCAAUUUGUACACUGGUGAUAUCGACUAUGUGAAUAUUCCUAGUGGCCAAGAGUCGUACUGGCUGAUUCCUCUCACGGCGGUUGGGGUCAAUGGUGCCAACAUACUUGGCUCGACAGUCAAUGCCGCCAUUGACACUGGAACGACCCUCGUUGGUGGCCCCACCAGUGCGAUUGCAGCCAUCUUUGCCCAGAUUCCAAAUUCCGAGCCCGGAACUGGCGAUCUUGAAGGAUACUACCUUUACCCAUGUUCGACAUCAGUGACGAUCACGAUGACGUUUUCAUCUCGCACGUGGUCGAUCGAUCCAGCGGACUUUUUGCUCAUGCGUAACUCGAAUACGAUGUGCGUCGGUGCCUUUUUUGCCCUUAAUUUGUCCGGCUCGGCACCAUCCUGGAUCGUUGGUGAUACUUUCCUCAAGAAUGUAUACUCCGUCUACCGCUACAACCCUCCCAGUGUUGGGUUCGCCAAUUUGUCUUCAAACGCGCUAGCCCAGAAUGCUCUUGGUGGUACUUUACCCAGUGCCACUAUUGGUUCAUCGCCCGUUUCGGCUACCGCGGCAGCUAAUGGUGCUGUUGGCAUUCCUGACGCGAAGCAGGUUGCAACCAUGGUGGGUGUAGGCGCGGGUGUACUCGGUGCGAUAUUACUUUGA